AGAUGGCGGCUCCCACAGAAGAGGGUAAUGUGGCGGAAGACUUUAAGAAGCCGAUUUUGCCCCCUCCGUUGCCUCUUUCUCUCGCUCGAGGAAAGGCAGCCGAGGGGGCGGCUCCUAAGCGCCCCCACGGCCCUGCGGUAGGCCCCUCUCCCCCUGUCCUUCCCGAGUAUCAGGAGCCGCCGUGGGGAGGUUGCCCCUCAGAAGAGGACUCAUCCGGCUACAGCCUGGAGACGGUAAAAGGCGGCGCGGUCCUAGACCGCAUCAGCCUCGUCGGCCAGAGCCGGAUCCUAGUAGGCCGCGCGCCGGACUGCGACCUCUCCUUGGUUCACCCGUGCGUGUCGCGGCACCACGCCGUGCUUCAGCGCCGGCCGCCACGGAGCUCCGCUGAAGGGGAAAAGCCCCUGGCUUCGGAGAGCCCCGAACCCGGCCUGUAUGUCUACGACCUGGACAGCGCCCACGGCACCUUCCUCAACAAAGCGAGGGUCCCUCCCCGCACCUACUGUCGCGUCCGAGUGGGUUACGUCUUGCGUUUCGGGGGCAGUAGCCGCCUCUUCAUCUUGCAGGGCCCAGAGGAGGAUCAAGAGCCGGAAUCAGAACUGACUGUAACACAGCUGAAAGAUCUGCGUAAGCAGAAACUGGCCAAGUUAGAAAAAACUAUGCUGGGUGAUGAUUCUGAUGAGGAUCAAAAAGAAAUGGAAAUUAAAAAAAGUGAAAAUAGUCGGAAUGAUUUAAGCUGUUCCUGGGGAAUGGGGGAAGAUGCAAAAGAAGAAGAGGGUGAAGAAAAUCCAAUUGCUAUUGAGUUUCAAGAGGAUCAAGAAGCCUUUUAUAUGAAAGAUCCCAAAAAAGCAUUGCAAGGUUUUUUUGAUAGAGAAGGUGAAGAAUUGGAAUAUGAAUUUGAUUCCCAUGGAACAGGCACCUGGCUUUGUAGGGUGAAGCUGCCUAUAGAUGAUGCCUCAGGGAAACAGCUUGUGGCAGAAGCUAUUCAUUCAGGGAAGAAAAAAGAAACAAUGAUCCAGUGUGCAUUGGAAGCCUGCAGAAUAUUGGAUGCUAGGGGUGUGUUGCGACAAGAGGCAGUUUCCCGGAAAAGAAAAGCAAAGAAUUGGGAAGAAGAAGACUACUACGAUAGUGAUGAUGACAUAUUCCUUGAUCGGACAGGAGUUAUUGAACAGAAACGACUCAACAGAAUGAAGAAAGCUGGAAAGAUAGAUGAAAAGCCAGAAACAUAUGAUUCAUUGAUUGCAAAACUACAUGCAGGUGAGAGAGAGCUCUCUGAGAUAGCAGAGAAGCUGAAGUCUUCAAGGACAACACAGUCCCAUUCAGCAACUCAGGAUUCACUGGAUGAAUUCAUGACUGAAAUCAAGUCAGAAUGUUCCGUAGACAGUGUGACACGUAAAAAGCUUCACUUGAGAACCUUUGAACUGAGGAAGGAACAGCAGCGAUUGAAAGGACUAAUUAAGAUUGUUACCCCUACAUCCAUGCCGGAGCUGAAGUCCCAGCUUGAGAAUCAAGAUCUGGAAUCUCAAAAUAAGCCCAAAAAGCUAACUUUACCUCUAUUUGGUGCCAUGAAAGGGGGAAGCAAAUUCAGACUAAAAACAGGGACCGUAGGGAAACUGCCCAUGAAACGUCCAGAUAUACCGGUAAACCUAUUAAAGAUGAAAGAUGAGGGGCCAGAAGAAGAGGAGGAAGAAGAGGAGGAGGAGGAGGAAGAUGUGAACUACAGUUUAAAUGAAAGCUCACAGAACACAAAGAUGGAAACUGCAACACAAGAAAUAGUUAAAGAAGGGAAUCUCCUUUCCACUUCUUAUUCACCCAGAAACCAAAGAUUUAAAUCUCAGACUGAAUCUUCAAGCAAGGAUACAAGCCCAUUAGAUCAUAAUUGCCCAGUGAAUAAGUUGCAGAUAAAACUAGAAGCAUCUGAGAUGCCAGCAACAAAGCCAAAAAAUCAAAAAGAUAGCAGUAAACCUAAGAUUCAGCAUUCAUUAUCCUCAAACUACCCAGAAGAUGAUCCAGAUUACUGUGUAUGGGUACCACCUGAAGGUCAAAGUGGUGAUGGCAGAACCCAUCUAAAUGCUAAGUAUGGCUACUAAAUUAUUCUGAAAAGUAAAGAAGUAUGGCACAGUAAAUGAUAACUGGCACAAUAUGCCAUUGAAAUUACAAGCAACACAUUUCUGUUCAUUUUCUUAAGCACUGUUUAAUGAUUCCUGAUCCUUUCUUAAGGAUGUUUUUCCCUUAGAAGUGAAUGUGUGUAUAAUGUGUAUAUAGUGGUGAUAAUUAAGAAUUUACAGGUAACAUAGAUAUAGCAAUGUUGGUUUUAUAAAAACUUUUUUAAAAUGGUUGUUUUUAUUUCUUUAACAUUAUUUCUUGAUCUAAAGGGGUAAAGGAAUAAGUAAAUUAUUUCUUGAUGUAAAAGGAAUUAGUUAUAAAUUUCUAUUUAGUCAAUAUGUAUGCUGAGGGCUACUUCAAAUUCUCUGAUGCUUGGAUUGAUUAUCAAAAUAUUUUCUGCCUGUGCAUGUACAAGUAUGUAAUUCCACAAAAUACAAUUGCCAAUGGCCCUCUCUGAUUGGAGCUGCUGAAAUCAAGGCUAAUUUUUAUCCUUCCUUUCUGUCGCAGUCUUUUUUGUAAAGGUUCUUUGUUGAUAUUUUUCUUUUUCCCCUGUACAAGAAGGUGAAAUACUAACACAUUCAUAUCUUGGCCAGUUGUAGUUUAGUAUUAAUGCAGGUGGAAAAAUGUAUUAAUCUUUAGCAGUUCCUGAAAGAAUGUUAAAUAUCUAACAUUGGAUAGUUGGGAGAGUAAAAGCUAAGGAAUGGAAGUACUAUGAAUUAGUGUAUCUGAAACUUUUUGGAUAAGCCAGAAAACAAGGUUUCUGCUCAAAAGGCAAUUAUCCUUGGUCUAGACCUGCUUUUACAUCAUAAUUUCUGCAUUUAGGUUGCAUCAGGUUCCAUAUGAGAAAAGGAUAGAAAUUGCAUUUAAAAGGAAAAAACAAGCUAGAGGCAUACAAUAGUCUUAUCUACUACAGUAUGUAAACAUAUUACUUGUGACAAUGAAACCAGUUCAUAACAGGAGAAGAGAGGGGGAAGCACUGGAAAAUGUUUACUAGUUUCACUUUUCUUUUAAUGGUAAAAUAAAACCUGCCAUUUUGCAGCGUUAUAUUAAUGGAUUUACUGGCAAGUAGGAAUGUGAGGAUUGCACGAUUCAUAGAAUGAAAGGAGAAUUCAUAAGUAUGGUCCUGAAGUUUUAGACCAAUUCCAUAACUUAUGGGUGAAUGAAAGGCUGUGUGAUUGGGCCUGAGACAGACUUUAUGAAAUAUGGUAAACCUCCAUAUUCUGGGCCCAUUAUCUAAUGCAUAAGAAUCCACUUCCAUUUUGUUCCAUCUAUAACAUUCACAUACUAAUAACCAUUUCUCUUUUAGCAAAAAGAUUUAAGCGAUAUUUAUUU